AUGGUCGCCCAGUUUUUCAAAGUAUUUGGUUCAACGUUGUUUUUGUUGAUAUAUGUUGUUUCUCAAUUUGUUGUACAGGUCUGCAAGACAGCAGAUGUGGCUAGCAAAGUUGAGAGCCAGUUGAAACUGGUUAUUAGGCCCAUGUACUCUAAUCCACCUAUUCAUGGUGCAUCAAUUGUUGCAACCAUUCUCAAAGACAGGUACUUUUGGCAGUUGCAGCUGGCUAACUUACAAAUUGAUGCUGGACACUAUCUAGAAAUUGAUAAUCAUCAUCAUACAAUUAUUCAACAAAUGACACUUCUUCACAUUAUCAAACAGAUUGGUAUGUUCACUUUCACAGGGUUGAACAGUGAGCAAGUUGCCUUCAUGACCAAGGAGUAUCAUAUUUACAUGACAUCUGAUGGGCGAAUUAGCAUGGCAGGACUCAGUGCAAAGACAGUCCCCCAUCUUGUAGAUGCAAUACAUGCUGCAGUAACUCAAGUCAGCUAAGGAGAUAUGAAGUUAUGGUGUCAGGAUUUUCAUUUAGUUAUAUCCCCUGGGAAUAAUUUUUUUUCUCCCUUACAGCAUUUGAAGCAAAUGCAAUGUUGCAUUGACUCAAUUAUAGUCUUUGGAUUGAGACAAUUUUGAAACAUCAAGUAAUUCUGAAACCUGAAAAAUAUCCAUUUAUGGUCUUGGAUAUUGGUUUUUCCCUCAGAAGUUAUAUGUUAUCAAAAAUAACCAAAUGCAAUUAAAUAAAAGAGUUAUGUCAUAAA